AUGGCAGACACAGAAACUGUGGUUUCAUCUGGUCCUCAUAUCGAGGUCUCAGUGCCUGCGAAACAAAAAAAUGUUGGACCCAGGCCACCGUCUAAAUUCCAACAAUUAAACAAACUCUACGGACUACCUGCGCCUAUACGCACAUUUCCUCUUCCUACUCUCAUACCUCAUAAUCCACUUUCACUUUUUCAUAUUCUUUAUGUUUGGUUGUCACAGACAAUCAAUCGCCCUUCAUCACAUUUUGAUACCCUUUACAGUGGAUGGUUCUCGCCUGAGACGCGGUCCAUUCACAUCACUGACUCUCGGUCUAUCAGAGGUCUCUGGGAGCAAGGUUUCUAUGGGAAAGGAAGUCUGAGCCGCAGUGAACCCAGUUGGGUGACACGAGAGAAAAAGCGAAGAGGUGUUUCAAAAGCGAUUGCGAGUGAGGAUGUUACAAGAAAGCGUCGCGCCGAUCGUCAACAAACCAAGUGGGAGAGGGCGAGAAAAGAGAGGGAGGCUAUUGAUCAGACUCUCUUGGCAGAAGCACAGGCAAAUGAAAUGCCAAGUACCAAGGUUGUCAUCGCAUCCGAUGAGAGAUUUAUAGUUCCAGUUGACAAUCUUCCUGCUCUUACUGAGCAAGACCAGAAGACCGAAAUCAUCAAAGAACCCAUGUCCAAUUGCUUAGGUGAUGCAAAUGUUGCUUUUACCAGUACCACAUCAUCUGAUGCGCCCACUGGUCCAAUGCAACUCCUUGCUCUACCAAACUCAUCCAUCGAGGUUAUCAAGGUAGAAACAAUUGAGAACUCAUCGUCUCAGCAUGUAGUGAAUGCCGUUGAAGUUGCUUCGUCCAGUGUUGCAUCAUUCAACGCACCUACCGGACCUUUGGGAAUUCUUGCUCUACCAAACUCUGCACUCGAUCUUAAUUCUGUAAGGGAAAAAAACUGUACAAACUCCUUAGGCCUAUCGCCAUUUGUUUCGACGGUGGCAGUAUCCGUCUCUACGUCCAAUAUCUCCGCUCCUGUGGGUCCACUGGAAUUGCUCGCUCUACCAAACUCCGCCGCUGAUGCUUCCGCAACAUGUGAUAAAAUCAAUGUUGAUGCUAAGAACGAUGUUCCAGAAGAAUAUACCCCUUCGCCCACGUUAGUUGAGAUUGAUGUCAGUUCGGUCUCUAUACCUGAAAGUCACAAAGCUGGCGCACAAGAAAAGAAUGAACUGCUCAAUGACGACAUUGUCGACACCAAUACUUGUGUCCCAAUGACGCCAGUGUCAUUGAUUUCGGCCCAAAAUAGUGGAUCUGAUGUUGAAGCGCCUGAGACUGGUUCAUCAACAUCUGUGUCAGAUCGUCAGAAGAGUGUUCGAUUCUCCCCGAUCGUAGAACAAACCACCUUCUUACCGUCACAACCACCAAGUCCUGGACGUACUGUUGCAAGUACAGAAGAGAAACCUGAUGAAAUAUCCAAACUUGUUCUGGAUGAAGAGAUGGUUAUUGAAGAUCAGGAACAUUUCCAAUUGACAAUGGAAGAAGCCUUCUUUCUUUCUUAUGGAUUAGGAGCUCUCACAGUUCUUGACCCUGUCACCAAAUCAGGCAUUUCAAAUCAAGAUUUGUUUUCUCUUUUCAGGAAGUCAUCCUAUUUCCCGCCAGUUUCAAAUCCUAGUUUAUCUACGGAUGACCCAUUCCUAAUAAACUACGUUGUUUAUCAUCAUUUCCGUUCCCUAGGCUGGGUUGUGCGUGGUGGCACAAAGUUCUCUGUUGACUACCUACUUUAUAAUCGCGGGCCAGUUUUCAGUCAUGCUGAGUUCGCUGUUUUGAUUCUUCCAUCGUACAGUGACCCUUACUGGUCUAGUGGUCCAUUUCUACAAAAUUAUGUGAAAGGCAAGCAAGAAAGAAGCUGGUCAUGGAUGCAUUGCAUCAAUAGAGUCAUUACACAGGUUAAGAAGACCUUGAUUUUGGUUUACGUGGAUAUACCUGCUCCUGUUGAUGGAAGCAUAAAAGAAAACAGUGUUGAUGAAUUACUUCAAAAGUACAAGGUCAGGGAAGUUGUCCUCAAACGUUGGUCACCCAAUCGUAGCCGGGACUAG